AUGCCAUCCCUUUGGAAGUUUCCGCCUACCUUCAAGGGCCGUAAAAGCUCGGAAAAUGUGGAGGCGGCAAUAUUCGACGAGCAGGUGGAUGUGAAAGUGGAGAAGUCGGCAAGCGAUUGCGAUGUGCAAGAACUUGGGGCAGAUUCCGUCGCUGAGGCUGACACGGAAGUGAACCCGGCCGGAUUGUCUCUGGAGGAAGAUGCGGCUGGCGGUAUGGGUCGCCAUCUUGGCAUCUUCAGCUGCACACUCCUAAUUGUGGGACGGAUCAUCGGAACCGCCGUCUUCUCCACUCCUUCGACUAUCUUGGGUUCAGUGGGUUCAGUCGGAGCAUCGCUGAUGCUAUGGGUUCUCGGGUUCAUAAUGUCAUUCUGUGGCCUCUUCAUUUGGCUUGAGUUCGGCAUGAUGUUUCCGCGCUCCGGUGGAGAAAAGGUCUACCUCGAGGCAGUGUACAAAAAACCAAAGUACCUCGCCACUGUCCUCUUCGCUGCCAAUGCCAUUUUGCUUGGAUUUACUGCAUCUAGCUGUAUUGUCUUUGCACAGAAUAUUCUUGAGGCUGCAGGGCGUACGGCCGACAGAUGGGUUACUCGUGGUAUCUCGAUCGGAGUCAUUGUGUUCGUGACUGUCCUCCAAGGACUUUUCCCCAAGCUCGGUCUGUGGGUAAUGAAUGGUGUAACCGUCUUCAAGAUUGUUAUCCUCCUGUUCAUUGUUGUGUCGGGUUGGGCCGUCGUUGCCGGAAACACUUCGGUGACGGACCCGCACGCGAACUUUCGUAACGUAUUUGCGGGAAGUUCACACAGCAGUAACGAUUACGCAACGGCUAUGUUCAAAGUACUCAACGCUUACAACGGAUGGUCAAAUGUCAACUACGUCUUGAAUAACGUAAAGGACCCCAUCCGGACGCUCAAAAUCGCCGGCCCUCUCGGUCUCGGUAUCUCAACCAUACUUCUCCUCUUGGCAAACGUAGCAUACUUCGCGGCUGCCACCAAAGAAGAGAUCAUCAACACCGGCGUAACGGUGGCGUCUCUCUUCUUCCACAACGUGUUCGGCGCAGAAGCACAGAAAGCCCUGACUGUGUUCGUUGCGUUGAGGUGGUGCUUUGGGUCCUUUGCAGCUGCCCGCAUCAAUCAGGAGCUUGCGAAGGAUGGUAUUCCCCUCCCCUUCGGUAACAAGUUUUGGGCCUCAAACUGGCCAACCGGAAAAUCGCCUCUUCCAGGACUCCUCGUCCACAUGAUUCCCUCGAUCAUCAUCAUACUUGGGCCCCCGCCCGCGGUCGCAUACCCCUUCAUCAUCGAUGUGGAAGGAUACCCCCAGCAAAUCAUCAACUCCGCCGUCGUGAUUGGCCUCUUCUGGCUGCGAUACCACAAGCCUGAUCUUCCGCGCCCUUUCAAGGUCUGGCUGCCCUUUGCGGCGUUCUUUUUGGUCGCGUCCAUCUUCCUGAUCAUCGCGCCCUUCCUUCGCCCCACCAACGGCAUCGGAGACACCCCUCCUCUCCCUUACUACUUGUACUGUCUUGUCGGGAUCGGGGUCCUUGCCCUCGGUGUCCUCUACUGGACGGCCUGGCGCAUCGUACCCGGAUGGCUCGGCUACCAGCUUGUCCCAAGGAAGGAGAAGCUCAGCGAUGGCACGGUCGUCGCGGUGUUUGCGCUCAAGAAAGAGAAAGCGGAUUAG